AUGGGUCAGUCGCAUUCCAAGAGCAACGCCUCGGGCGACACUCUGCAGUCCUAUCCUUCGUUUUCCAAAACCGACACCAAGGAGUCGCUUCGCUCGUUCCGCGGCUCGAUCCGAUCGAAAAUCCCUGGUGCUCGCAGCUCUGAUAGCCCUCGGGGCUCCACCACUGCUCUCUCCCGGACUGAGAGCCAGACCGACAAAUCCGAUGCUGGAUCCCUCAAGUCAGUCGGAAGCCGCCCUGGCUCCAAUGCCGGCCUCCCCCAGUCGCCUGGUUCCGAGACCGCUUCGCGACCCGGCUCCCCCCAACCCCCGCCAUCUCCCUCACUUUCCACCAGUUUGCAGCGAGGCCAUAAGGAUGUGGAUGCGAUGAAGGAGAGCGGCGAAGUCGACCAUGUGUCAGAUGGCCCUCCCUCUGGUGGGCCCCCAACUGGGGCCUCCGCGGUCGCGGGUGAAUCAAUUCUGAUGAAGCGAGAGAACCAACUGAAUCCCAUUCUGGACUUCAUCUUGAACGCCCCCUUAGAGACUUCUGGAUCUCCUGGUAUGGGCAUGGGCGCUUUGAAAUCCAUUGAUUUGGACGACAUGAUUUCGCGACUCCUAGAUGCUGGUUAUUCUAGCAAGGUUACCAAAACAGUCUGCCUGAAGAACGCGGAGAUUACCGCCAUCUGCACCGCCGCUCGCGAGCUCUUCCUAUCGCAGCCCGCUCUGCUGGAACUGUCGGCUCCCGUGAAGAUUGUCGGCGAUGUUCACGGCCAAUACACUGACCUCAUUCGACUCUUCGAGAUGUGUGGAUUCCCUCCUGCUUCUAACUACCUUUUCCUGGGUGACUAUGUCGACCGAGGCAAGCAGAGUCUGGAGACGAUCCUUCUGCUGAUGUGCUAUAAACUCAAAUACCCCGAGAACUUCUUCCUGCUUCGAGGAAACCAUGAGUGUGCCAACGUUACCCGUGUUUAUGGGUUCUAUGAUGAGUGCAAGCGCCGUUGCAACAUCAAGGUCUGGAAGACCUUCAUCGAUACCUUCAAUACCCUCCCGAUUGCUGCGAUUGUGGCCGGUAAAAUCUUCUGUGUCCACGGUGGUCUCUCUCCUAGUCUUUCCCAUAUGGACGACAUUCGCGGCAUCGCUCGCCCCACUGACGUGCCGGACUAUGGCCUGUUGAACGACCUCCUGUGGAGUGACCCGGCAGACAUGGAGGAAGACUGGGAACCUAACGAGCGUGGUGUCAGCUACUGCUUCGGAAAGAAGGUGAUCAUGGACUUUUUGCAGCGUCACGACUUUGACCUGGUUUGCCGCGCCCACAUGGUGGUUGAGGAUGGAUAUGAGUUCUACCAGGAUCGCAUUCUGGUGACUGUGUUUUCUGCACCCAACUAUUGCGGUGAGUUCGAUAACUGGGGCGCUAUCAUGUCAGUCUCCGGCGAACUUCUUUGCAGCUUCGAACUUCUCAAACCCUUGGACUCGACCGCCCUGAAGAACCACAUCAAGAAAGGCCGAAACAAGCGCAACAGCAUGCUGAACAGCCCCCCUGCGGCGGUAUCGGCCCAAAGUUAUUAG